AAGCAUAAAGCCAGUCUGAAGAUGAGGUUUGAGAACAUAUCUGAAGGCAUCAUCAAACCAGGAGCUGAGACACUCCUCAAUAAGAUCUACACAGAGCUCUACAUCACAGAGGGAGAGAGUGAAGGGGUGAAUAAGGAACAUGAGGUUUGUCAGGUGGAGUCAUCAUCCCGAGCACAAACAACAGAAGACACACCAAUCAACUGCAAUGACAUCUUCAAGCCCUUACCUGGACAGGAGAAACACAUCAGAACUGUGAUGACCAAAGGUGUUGCUGGCAUUGGAAAAACAGUCUUGGUGCAGAAGUUCAUUCUGAAUUGGAUAGGUGGGGUAGCCAAUCAGAACGUAGAUUUCAUAUUUCCCCUUCCUUUCCGUGAGCUGAAUUUGGUCAGGGGUGAUCAGUAUAGUCUUCACAAGCUCCUGCUUGACUUCCAUCCUGAGCUGAAGGAUGGUGAAGAAUACAAAGACUGUCAGGUUGUGUUCAUCUUUGAUGGUUUGGAUGAGAGUCGACUACCACUGAAUUUCCAACAGAACAUGAUAUCUGAUUUAAAACAAAGGGCUUCAGUGGAUGUUCUGAUGGCAAGCCUCAUUCAGGGAACUCUGCUUCCCUCUGCACUCAUCUGGAUAACCUCAAGACCAGCAGCAGCCACUCAAAUUCCUGCUCAGUGCAUCGAUCGGGUGACAGAAGUACAAGGGUUCAAUGACCCACAAAAGGAAGAGUACUUCAGGAAGAGAAUCAGUGAUGAGAGAAAGGCCAACAGAAUCAUCUUACACAUUAAGUCAUCUAGGAGUCUCCACAUCAUGUGCCACAUUCCAGUCUUCUGUUGGAUUGCAGCCACUGUACUUCAGCAGAUGCUGGACAAGACGAAAGACAUUCCAAAAACUCUGACUGAGAUGUUCAUACAUUUCUUACUCAUCCAGACCAGAAGGAACGAUCAGAAGUAUCAGAGUGGAACUGAGACAGAUGAAAAGAAACUUCUAAAAUCUCAGAAAGAGAUUUUACUGAAGCUCGGAGAGCUGGCUUUCAAGAAUCUAGAGGAUGGCAAUCUGAUGUUUUAUGAGGAAGAUCUGAGAAAGUGUGGUAUUGAUGUCAGUGAAGCCUCAGUGUACUCUGGAAUGUGCACUGAAAUCUUCAAGGAAGAAUCUGUGUUUCACCAGAGGAAAGUCUACUGCUUUGUGCACCUGAGCAUCCAGGAGUUUCUUGCAGCUGUGUUUGUGUUUCACUCUUAUGUGACUGAGAACCUUGAGGCUCUGAAAUCCCUCCUCAGUGAAGAACACAAACCCAGUCAUUUUUCAUCAUCUCUUAAAUCAGUGCUGGGCUUACAAUCUCAAGAUCAUCUACAUGUGUUACUUAAGAGUGCAGUGGAUGAGGCUUUGAAGAGCAGGAAUGGACACCUGGAUCUUUUCCUUCGAUUCCUUAUGGGCAUCUCUCUGGAGAGCAAUCAGAGACUUUUGAAAGGUCUACUGAACCACAAACACAGCACCUCAAAGAGCAUCAAGGGAAUAUGUCAAUACAUUAAGAAGCUCAACAGGGAAGAUCUCUCUCCUGAACGAUGCAUCAAUCUUUUCCAUUGCUUAUCUGAAAUGAAUGAUCAUUCCAUGCACAAAGACAUAAAAAAAUAUCUGGAGUCACCAAAGAACAUCAAACACAAAUUAUCUCCUGCUAGCUGUUCAGCACUGGCCCACAUGCUUCUGAUGUCUGAAGAGGUGCUGGAUGAGUUUGACCUGAAGAAAUACAACACAUCAGAUGAGGGACGCAGGAGACUGCUCCCUGCUGUGAGAUGCUACAGAAGGGCACGACUUGCUGAAUGCAAUCUCACAGAUAAGUCCUGUGGAACUGUGGCUACUGUUUUACAGUCACCAAACUCCCUGACAGAGCUGGACCUGUGUAACAAUGACCUGGGAGAUUCUGGAGUUCAGGUUCUCUCUAAAGGACUGUUUAGUCCCCACUGCAAACUGCAGAUAUUAAGACUUGCUGAAUGCAAACUCACAGAUAAGUCCUUUGGAAUUGUGGCUACUGUUCUACAGUCACCAAACUCCCUGACAGAGCUGGACCUGUGUAACAAUGACCUGGGAGAUUCUGGAUUUAAGCUUCUCUCUAACGGACUGUCUAGUCCCCACUGUAAACUGCAGACAUUAAGACUUGCUGAAUGCAAACUUACAGAUAAGUCCUCUGGAAUUGUGGCUACUGUUCUACAGUCACCAAACACCCUGAUAGAGCUGGACCUGUGUAACAAUGACCUGGGAGAUUCUGGAAUUCAGCUUAUCUCUAACGGACUGUCUAGCCACCACUGCAAACUGCAAAUAUUAAGGAAUGAGCUCACACUGGACCCAAACACAGCACACAUACUACUCUCUCUCUCUGAGGGGAACAAAAAAGUGACAGGUGUGGAGGAGGACCAGCCGUAUCCUGACCACCCAGAGAGAUUUAACUGGUGGGAUCAGGUGUUGUGUAGAGAGGGUCUGUCUGGACGCUGCUACUGGGAGGCUGAGUGGAGUGGGCGUGGGGCUGAUAUAUCUGUGGUGUAUAAAAGCAUCAACAGGAAAGGAGAGAAUGAUGACUGCCGGCUGGGACAUAAUGACAAGUCCUGGAGUCUGUUCUGCUCUCUUAAAAAUUACUCUGCCAGACACAAUAAUGAACACACAGACACGUCUGCCGCCUCCUCCCGCUCCAGGAGAGUAGGAGUGUACCUGGACUGGCCAGUAGGCACUCUGUCCUUCUACAGCGUCUCCUCUGACACACUCCUCCACCUGCACACGUUCCACUCCACAUUCACUGAGCCCCUCUAUCCUGGGUUUGGGGUUUAUCAGGACUCCUCAGUGUCCCUACUGGUGAAAAUGAAGAGAAUAUCCAGAGUUAGACUCGGUGUAGUUUGGUUCAGUCCUAGUCUAGUCUCCUUCUGA